UUCGUGUUUUCUUUUCGGGUUUUUUCCCCCGAGGUGAUCCUGUCGCUGUGUUCCAGGCUGUGCUGGGGCACACCGAAUCAAAACAUCGGCAGACGAAUUUGUGCCGACGUUCCUGCUGGGUGGUGUUGCUACGUUUGCGUGCGUCCAUGGUGUCACGGUGUGCGGUAACACAGGAACAAGCCUUUUAAAUGUUCAACUCACCGAAAAAAGGUGUCUGUGAAGAGCAAGAUUCGAUCUAUAUAGAAGUGUAAAAAAGUGUACAAUUUCGCUUAGUGUGUGUGGAAAAGAAAAUGCAACAAUGUGUGAAAACCUACCUGUAUGUUGCGGUCGCUCUCUUCCCAGUGUGAAAGCUUUUUCCGAGUGAAAAUACGUAAAAAUGUCCUAGUCCAAGUGCUCGUGAGUUGUUCCUGCGGGAAGAAGAAGAAGAAGUGUACAAAAAUCGUCUCACUAAUAUCGCAAAAGUCGGUGUAAAGUGUGUGUGCUUGUGUUAGAUGUGCAUGUAAACGAAAACAGAGAAGAAAAUCAAACAAAUCAAUAGUUGAAACGCCAACUAAUCCCCGGGUAAAGCCGCCUCGAGAGAUGCACGAGGAAGCGACCUCAACGGCUAGUUCGUCCUCGCCCAAAACGGCCUCGAACAUUGUGUACGCAAACGGUGUGGGUAUGUUGCUUUCCACCUCACCGACACCCGGUCCGGGCGUGACCUCUUCCUCCACCUCGACCUCGUCCACAUCUUCGUCGGCUACGUCAUCGACAUCCGCGGCCAACCUGUACGAUGUGGUUGUGCAGCAGCAAGACCUGCUGCUCCCGAACAGUCAUCACAGUGCGACCUUCCACAGUCAUCAACACCAUCUGCAGCAGCAGCAGCAGCAGCAGCUACACCAUCAGCAACAUUCCCAGCAAGCGUUACAGCACGUAACGUCCAACUUGACGUCAGUGGCUACCAAAAUAAUAACCGUCACCGGGACCGGAAUGGGCGGCACUGGGUUGCAUCAGGCGAUGCAGCAACACCACCAUUUGCAGCAUGACCAUAGCCAUGCUCACCAGUCACAGCACCAUCACAACCAUCUGCAUCAUCAUCAGCAGCAACAGCAGCAGCAGCAGCACCAUCAACAUCAUCAGGUGCAUCACGUACAGACGCAACACCAUCAGCCAAGUUCCUCCACGAACGUGAUCGUGCCUGGCGCGAGUCACGGUUCCACCCUGCUGGUGCAGGCUAGCUCCAGCGGUGUAUCCGACCUUCUGCUCGGUCAAGAUCCUAUAACUACCACCACGUCGACAGUGGCCACGACGGCCACACUGAUCGCACUCACGCCCGACGAUGUGGUAGAGUCCGUGAUCGAUGGUCGCGUUGUAACGGCAACGGAAGAGGACACACUGCUCAGCAGUCUGGCCGGCGCCUCGACCACCUCCUGCACUGCCGACGGUGGCGGUGUGGUGGACGAGGUGGACGAGCAUGUCGUCACGAUGGUUAAUGCCGAUGGGACGCUACUCGGCUGCGUUGAGCCGUUACACCCGUCGACACAUCAGCAUCAACAUCAUCAGCAGCCAAGCUCCUCGUCGUCCAGUAUUACGAUCGUUUCGGAGGAAUCCAUACUACCGCUAGGCGUUGUUGCUCCGGCGUCCUGCGUGCUAGCGGUAACGACACGAUCACCCGCCUCGUCCACAUCUUGCUCCUCCAAUUCGACACCCUCGUCAUCAUCGACAUCUGCAGCAGCAGCAGCAGCAUCGUCUUCGUCGUCCUCGUCCGGCGUAUCUACGGUUCCUCUGUCCUCGUGCUCGAUCGGUAGUACCUCCACUACGGCGACGACGGCCGUUGCGGUUGCGACCGUCGGCAGUAGCGGAGGCCAUACCGGUGCCGGGUCCGGUGCGGCCGGCGUCGUUAUGUCCGCCCUGUCGGUAAAUAACGACGCGGCACACCUCACCGAGGAGAUCGAGAUCAAGAUCCCGGAGGAGGACGGUGCCAGCUUUGAUGAGGAUUCGGACGGCGGCGGCGGCAGUGUCGGUGGAGCCGGCGGUCCCUACCAUCAUGGGGAUGGGAGCGGCGGCGGCGGUGGCGGCGGCGGCAGCAACAGCAACGGCAGCAACGGUGGCCCGGCGGCCGGCGGCCAAACGGCGGCGGGCGGCACAUCCUCGGCAGCGGCGGCAGCGGCGGCAGCCUAUCUGGCGAUACCGGCCUCAGAGCUGUGCCCGGUGUGCGGCGACAAGGUGUCCGGCUACCACUACGGGCUGCUAACGUGCGAAUCGUGCAAGGGCUUCUUCAAGCGCACCGUCCAGAACAAGAAGGUCUACACGUGCGUCGCCGAGCGCCAGUGCCACAUCGACAAGACGCAGCGGAAGCGCUGCCCGUACUGCCGCUUCCAGAAGUGUCUCGAGGUCGGCAUGAAGCUAGAAGCGGUACGAGCCGACAGGAUGCGCGGUGGACGAAACAAAUUCGGACCCAUGUACAAACGGGAUCGGGCGCGAAAGCUGCAGAUCAUGCGCCAGCGGCAGCUCGCCCUCCAAGCGCUGCGGGGCUCGAUCGGUGGCGGUGUCGGCAUCGGGACGCUCGGUUCGGACGGCGUGUCGCCACAGCUGCAGGGCCUAGACUAUCACCAACCGUACUCGAGCAUGCACAUCAAACAGGAAAUUCAGAUACCACAGGUCUCAUCCCUAACGUCAUCGCCGGAUAGUUCACCGAGCCCGAUCGCGAUCGCCCUCGGACAGGUUAACCCACAGACGACGAUAUCGCUCAGUAGCAGCGGUGUCGGUGGCAACGGUGGUGGUGGUGGCGGCGGCGGCGGAGGUGGCGGUGGCGGUGGCGGCGGUGGUGGCGGCGGUAGUAAUGGGUCCGGUGCCGGCACCGGCAGCUCCAACUCUAGCGCGACCAGCAUCCAGAAUCCGCUGUCCGACUCGAAGCUGUGGAUGAGCGCCAACUCGACGACCGCCUCGCCCCACUCGCUCAGCCCGAAGGCGUUCAGCUUCGACUCGAAUCCCACCAGCACGGCCGACUCCGGCAAUCCGGCCGACACCCUAAGGGUAUCGCCGAUGAUCCGCGAGUUCGUCCAGUCGAUCGACGAUCGCGAAUGGCAGACGUCACUGUUUUCGCUGCUCCAGAGCCAGUCCUACAAUCAGUGCGAGGUCGACCUGUUCGAGCUUAUGUGUAAGGUGUUGGACCAAAAUCUGUUCUCCCAGGUCGAUUGGGCGCGGAAUACGAUAUUCUUCAAGGAUUUGAAGGUGGACGAUCAGAUGAAGCUGCUCCAGAACAGCUGGUCGGAUAUGCUGGUGCUCGAUCACAUACACCAGCGCCUGCACAACGGGCUACCGGACGAAACCACCCUGCACAAUGGGCAGAAGUUUGAUCUCUUAGGUUUAGGGCUGCUGGGCGUACCGAGCCUGGCCGAGCACUUUAACGAGCUGCAGAACAAGCUGCAGGAGCUCAAGUUUGACGUCGGAGACUACAUCUGCAUGAAGUUUUUGCUGCUACUAAAUCCCGAUGUCCGGGGGAUCACCAACCGCAAAACGGUCGUCGAGGGCUACGAGAACGUGCAGGCGGCCCUGCUGGACUACACGCUUACCUGCUACCCGUCGGUGCCUGAUAAGUUCAGUAAGUUGCUCAGUAUUAUUCCGGAGAUCCACGGAAUGGCAGCUCGGGGUGAGGAGCAUCUGUACAUCAAACACUGUGCCGGCAGUGCACCGUCCCAGACGCUGCUGAUGGAGAUGCUGCAUGCCAAGCGAAAAUGAAGCUGGCCGGUCGACCCUACUCCACCGCCGACCACAGCAACGGUCCCGCAACAACGCCAGCCGGCCAGCAGCAAUCAGCACCCGGUGCGCAUGAGUGGUACGGCCGAGGAAUAAGAACAUCCGUUUAGUCCGACGUGCCGCCGAUGAUCAAUCAGAGUCAGCUGACCGAUUAGCAGAGCUAGAGAGAGAGAGAGAGAGACCGCUUGUUGUGGCCGGGCCGCCGUGUGUGCCGUGUUCUAUAGUGAGGGGUGUAUUUUGUUUUUGUUUUGUACAUUGCCAACCCACCACUACUAGUUACUUGCUGUUGAGGGGCACACUCACACGCGCACACAUACACACAUACACACAGGAUCACAGGCGCGUGUCCAGGAUAGUGGAGAGAUCGCGCGCGGAUUAUUUAACAGUUUCACUACUUUCCCUCCCAUCAACGCCCCCCCCCCCUCCUUUACUUCCCCCCUCCUUCUCGUGUAUACUUAAGAUCGUGUUUUUUUGUUUGUUUCACUCGUUAGAUUUAAGCUGGUAAGAUCAGCGCAUCCUCUAUCCAAUGCCGCCUAAGGGGAGUGCGUGCGUGGAUUUUGUUUUAUUAAUGUGUGUACCGCAUCAUCCUUUUAGGGACGAUUUUCUCGAUUUUUGUUUUAUACUAUCACAUCCUGCCCUCUCUUUAUACUCCCUCCGUUUUUCCUCCCCCUCCGUCUAUCUCGCAUUACUAUCUCGUGCGUAGUUAGGUUUAACGUUGGCCCCGCUUUAAAGACCGAAGAGCAAAACGACAGCAAAAGCAAAGUUCACGAAUCGCGUCGCGACAGGUAAUUAAUUGUUUGGUUAUUGUUUAAGCUUAUCGUUUAAGUAAUUGUGGUAUUAGGGGUUAGUAGUGUCGUUUUUAUUUUCUCUCUCGCUCUCCCGCGUAGAGCUGUAUGUUGUGUCCGGUGGGGUUGUCUGACCCGAUUACGAUACAGAACCGUUCUUCAAGUGCGUGCGUGGUUGUGUACGUGUGUGUGCGUGUGUCCACGAUCGUAUGUAUAUAAAAGAAAGGUGGGGAAAACCAGAUCGGUAAACGAUGUUAGUGGCAGGACGAAAAUUAGGUGAUUAACAAAUUUUACACAAACAAGAAACAAAACAAAAUGGUGUGAUCAGAACCACAGGAAGGAAGACAAAGAAUUGUGCAAUGCUAGAGAGUCCUGUUCUUUCUUCUGCAAAGAGGCGAUAACACACACACACAGCGCACACAUACACUUAGAAAACAAGCUGCAAAACCACUUGUCGUUACCAUUUGCAUCUCAGCAAAACAACACGUUAUCAGAAUCAGUUUUAUUCUAUUUAUUUUGCUUUCCUAUCGUUUUGUUUGCUGUUGGGCGCGUGCGCUGGAAGAGGGCAACGCGCGGAUAGGGAGAGAGACCAGCGCAACCGGAAGUGGUCACCAGUAUGUACAGCCAUAAACAGGGAAAUUGUUCAGUGCAAAUUUACCACGACCAAAUUGAAACAGCUCAACAUUGUUCGAAUUAUCAAGUCAAAGAAUCCUCUCACGCACGUGGUUGUUGCCUCUUGCACGACUAGCGCACGUGGUGCACCUUUGGUGAACGAACGUGCGCAUCGAUCAGUUUUUUUUUCUUUUCUUUACGGAUUUACCGUGAUCCUUAAAUAAAUGUACAGUUUGGUUAGAUAAGUUACGCACACACGCACCCAGCAGUGCGAGCGCGCGUUUAAGCCGGUGGGGUGGGAAAUGCUUGUACAUUUUUUGGUUAAUAUAUUUUAAUGCUAAACUACCACUCUGCUCCCCACUGCAUUACCGUGAGGAAAAAUUGCCGGGAGGACAGGCGCGCACACACAUACACACGGAAUGUGUUAAUAGUGAUCUAGGGAGAGCGAGUGUUAAGUGCGAUGUUAAGGGGGAUGUUUUUAGUAGUGAUAGUAAACUAGCGGUAGGAAACUAAAAACGAAGAAGCCGAAGAGAGGGUGAACAAAAAAGAGGGAAAAGCGUGGGGGGGAGGGGGGAGGAAAUACACACAAGCACACACACAUACACAGCAAAAUGGAAACGAAGGAUCUAAAACUAAGUGUUCACUAAAUGUUAAAGCAAAAAUCAUGAUUCAUACAGCAAACAAAAGAAGGUUAAAAAACACAAACGAAGAAGGAAAAAGGUAGAUAAGGAUUGUGAAAAUAGUAGGCAGAGUGCAAGAUCGUUUAGGCUCGUAUAUAAAUGUAUAGAUAUACACAUAGAUAGAUAGGCGGAAGCGAAGGUAGCGCUGUUGUUACACACAGAUGUGGGGGCCACCAUCAGGUUCUUUGGUUCUUCCUUGUUCAGCCAGCCCACCGGCGCAAAGUGAGUUAGCAAUGGCACUUCGGUUUUAAAGAGAAUUCUUUUCCCGCUUCUUGUUGAGUUUGUGGUUGUAUUUCGCUAGGCUUUUCGACAAGGCCAACCAGCCAGCCACACAAACGUCCUAACUGUCGAACGCGCGCGCAACCCUUUUUUAGAGCUGGAACCCAUGAUUUGGCAACAACAAAAACAAAAAUGGAAAACGGUUUCAAACCAUACGGACAUACAAUUCUGCAACAGAAACUUGUAACCAAAAGCUCCCAUAUACAUACACACUCAUAAAAAAAACGAAUGAUGGUUUGGAAACAUACUAAAUAAAGUAAAAAAGUAAAAAUCAACAAGUUAUAAACUACAAAUAGCAACAAACAGCAAGCAAACACACAUCAACCUACAAACAAAGAAACAAAAAAAAAGGAAACCAAUGUUCUAACUGUUCUAACUAACUAAUGUGCUGUGUCCACACGUUAAUACUGUUACAAAAAAAAAACACAAACACACAUACAAAACUGCUGAUAUUAAGCGUUUCCUCACCAAAAUCACCAUCUUGAAAAAGCUUCUAACAACAAAAGAAUCACACAAACCAACCCUAUAUAGCGCUAUAUCCAUAUAUAUACGUAUCUGAAGAUUCGCUAAAAGGAUCGACGAACGACGGCCACAAUGAGAGAGCGAGAGAGAGAGAAAGUGUGUACGGUCCAUAGUUUACAAACCAACAGAAAAUACCCACAAAUGGUACGCAAAUCGAUGGAUUUAAAUGAAACAAAACCUACACAACAACAAAACAAGAAAAAUCAAACCUGAAUAGUCAGCAACAGUUACCGAUAGAAGAUACAAAACACCGAUGUAAUUAAAUGCCCACUGUUAAUCGCCUUUGUAAAUGUAAACACAUAAACACACAACGCAGAAAAUACCCAAACCGUACUUCCCGGUAUGCAAUAGCCGGUGCCGAAUUUUAAGAAGAAGAAAAAAACACACACAUCAACGCUUUUGUCGUCGUAUUAGGGCAAACUGCUAGCGCUAUGAGUGUGUUGCAAUUGCAAUAGUAAAAGAGAAAAACACACACACAAACGCACGCAAAAUGGCCGCAUAUGAAUCCGUCUAUUUACAAAGCAGAACAAAAAACACAAAAUAGUAAAACAACUGAAAAUGGUAGCAAAAACAGGAAGAAAAAAAAGGAACACAAAACAGAACAAAAAAAAGAAGUGUCAAACACAACACUCUCUAUCUCUCGAAAGUGAAAAGAUGAAAAUAUGAAAGUAGAUAAAAAUCACAUUACCAGCAAAAAAACGAAUGAUCCAAGAACGAUUGGAACGGGUGCGGAUGCCAAAGCGAAAUUGAAAAGGGGUAAGCAACAAGCAAAACAAAACCUGGCAAACACAGCGGUACAAUGCAAAAAGUUUUUUUUAGCUCGUUUUUGGUUAGCAAGGAGAGUUGUAAAUAGUAGUUUGUACGAUUUUGCUUUUUUCGUUUUCGUUUUUGUGUGUUAAGCAGGGCAUUCUUACAUUCCAUCCUUAUAACAUUGUACUGCUACCGGUGCACAUCACUUAGCAACUUUAGUUUUUUUCCCCUCUAUUUCGUCAUCCUUUUUUUUUGUUUUUUUGUUUCUUCUUCUUACGCUACUUCUGCUGCUGCUUCUUCUACUGCACUUUACUUAUUUUACUUGCUAAAUUUUUUUUCUGUUUGUAGAAUAUACACUGUUUAUAAUAUAUUAUUUGUCCUAUUGUUCAA